AUGCCAAAGCCAAAGCGCCGGACGACGUCGUCGGCGCUGUUGGGCGACGCGCCAGCACGGUCGUCGCUGAUCAUCGAUGGCGGCGCGGCCGCGGCGGCGUCGCCGCCCGAGCCGCAGCUCGCGGCCGCGGCGACGCCGUUCGCCGCCGCGUCGGCCAUCGCGGGCCACCCGCCGGGCAUGGACCCGCAGGAAGCCAACGCGGCCAUCGAGGAGCUUUCGGAGCUGCAGGCGCGCGACCCCGAGGCCUUCGCCGAGCUCAUGCAGGCGGCGCUCUCGGGCGAGGGCGCCGACGACAAGGUCGGCGAGCUCUGGGAAAAGGCCAAGCAGGGCAAGGCGCCCGCCCCCGCCGGCGCGCCGGAACGCGUGUCGCGGCCGGCGCGCGCCGGCGACGAGCUCGAGCUGCCCGGCGGGCGCGUGCUCGGCGCCGGCGGCGCGACGCGGCCGGCGACCGAGGACGGCAUCCGCAUCGUGCCGACGCCGGGCUUCGUGCUCAAGACGACGGGCACGCAAAAGGCGCCCGAGGGCGGCGGCAUCCGGGAGGCCGGCGCGGGCGCGCCGCAAAAGUACUUCGUCAACGUGUGCUCGGCCGCCGCCGUCGGCGCGCCCAAGCCGACGAAGCGCCUCGACAACGAGGGCAACGAGGUCGAGGGCGUGAGCGUGCCGGUGAGCAUCGGCCCGCCCCGCGGCUGCGCCGACAACAAGGGCACCGCGAGCAUCGUCGUCGACUGCGUCGUGAAUCCGACCGUCCUCGCCGAGUGCGUCAACGACGAGACGGGCGCCCAGCGCGACUUCAUCUGCCAACUUGCGCUGACCUACGUCGAACAAAAGUACAAGUUGGAACUGGACCGCAAGUACAAGCUGCCGCGCAUGAAGUACAAGGGCGACCCGGAGGAGGGCGCCCAGUACGUGCGCGACUCGUCAAAGGAGGCGUCCAAGGUCGCCGAGGCCUCGCCCGGCGACGUGCACCGCGCGCGAAAGGCCGCGGCGCCGAAGAUGGCGCUGGGCCCCGCGCCGGACGCGGAGCUCUGGUACGCGCCGAUGCGGGGGGCCGCGCUCGUGCGGGCGCCGGACGGCGCCUCCGACGACGCGUGGCCCGUCGUUUUGCUGCCGCGCGGCCCGCGCGAGGGCUUCGACGCGAUUCCCGCGGACGCCGACCGACCGCGGGACCUCGUGGUGCGCUUGUCGCUGCCGCGCGACCGCGGCUCGAAGCGGGAUCCGUUCGCCUCGGGGAAGGUCGCCGCGAGCGCGUUCGCCGUGCGGGCCGUCAUGCCCGGCCGCGAGAAGCUCGUGGUCCGGCUGCCGUUCGGCGUCGAGGCCACCGCCGCCGUGGCGCGGCACCGGAAGCCGUCGGCGAGCCGUUGGGUGCUGGACGUGGAGUUGCCCGUGGACCAGACCGACUUUGCGGCCGCCGCGGACCCGGGCUCGAAGCAGGCGCGCGUCGCGCGGGCGCUGCGCGGCGGAAAGAAGGACGCCGCCGGCAAGGCGGACGACGCCGCCGCCGCGCCGGCCCCGGCCGCGCCCGAGGAUCGGUACGGCCUGCGCGAGGCGGCCACGGCCUCGGCGGCGCCGGCGCUCGAGAAGCCGCCCUCCGGCGCGAGCGUCCACGACCUGGCGUUCGCCGCGGCGCACGCGGCGGACGUCGCGGCGCGCGCCGCGGACAACGCGGGCGAGCGCGACGACGGCGUCUUCCCCGAGGACCGGUUCCAUCGCGCCGACAUCCUCUCGCAGCAUUACAUCAACCAGCGGGAGCAGUCCGUCGAGGACAAGAAAAAGGCCGCCGAGAAGGAGCGCGCGCGAGAUAAGUCCGAGGACGGCAUCGAAUACGUGGACCUCGAGGACUAUAAACCGGGCGGCAAGUUCUCGGACCAGCCGGCGCCGCCGCCCGAAUUGGAGGAUGUCAAGGAGCCGGCGCCGGCCGUCGCGACGUUCGAGGCCGCGCCGGCCAGCGGUGGCGUGGAGCUGGAGUCGAGUUUGUGGACGGAGUUGCUCUAA